AGACUGCCCAGUAGCCAGUCACAAGGAGAUUUGUACCCCUUUUCCAGGAAGAGUGGUGCCAGAACAGCCUAGACUUGUAACAAGGAACUCCCCAGCAGAGGGCCAUACCCAGGAGAUUGCAUGUGCAGUGAAAGGGUGCUUUGGAUUUCUAUUCAAGGGUAUGAAAAAACACUGUGGACUGGUCCCCGUCUCUCGGUGACCAGAAAUUUCCACCUCUGUUUAUGAGAAGCCUAGAGAAGGGAGGCACCCUGGUUUGGCAAAUGCCUGAAACAGCUCAAGGGAAAAGUGCAGCAGAGCACCUCCAGUCAGCAGAGAGCACUUCACACUGUGUGCCCCCUGCUCUUGUUGCCAAGCUCUCCCACCUGCACUAUCUCAUUUAACCACCCAAAGCCGUGGGAGGUAGAUGCUGUUACUAGAUUUUCCGAUGGGCCCAGAAGAGGUUCCUGAUGCCCUCAGCCAGAAAGAAGCCCCAGGCCCGGUGGGGUUCUUGUCUAGAGGCUGGGGCAGGAUCCCCUGCACCGUAGCUGCUGGACUGAGGGUCUAGGGAAACGGGAUGUAGGUCCCAGGCUGGGACCAGGCAGAGCCAGAUCCCAACUCCCAGCCUGGGGUGGCAGGAGGCAGGCAGAGGUGGCUCGGAAACUAGAUGGAGGCGGGGAGGCCUUCCGCGUGGCGUGGGCGGAGACGCACGAGUCGGUUGGGUGCUCUGCGGCGGGUGGACGCUGGGAGUGGCUGUCACGCUAGUCUCCCUAGGCGAAUCCUCGCUCCUCCCCGCUGCACUCGCGAGGCUAGCGGGCCCUUUAAGAGACCCGGCCCUCCCCCGCCGCCUCUGGCCUCCCCUCCCUACUGCUACAGCCAUGGCCAGUCAGCUGCUGGAGGACAAGCUCACCUGUUCCAUCUGCCUGGGGCUCUACCAGGACCCGGUGACGCUGCCCUGCGGCCACAACUUCUGCGGGGGCUGCAUCCGGGAUUGGUGGGGCCGCCAGGAGAAGGCGUGCCCUGAGUGCCGGGAGCCCUUCCCCGACGGCGCCGAGCUGCGCCGCAAUGUGGCGCUCAGCGGCGUGGUCGAGGUGGUGCGCCCUCGGCCCUCCUCCGACCCCGACCCCCGCCGGGACCCGGGACCCGCCUCGGACCCCGGCCCGGGCCUGAGCCCCCGUGCGCGCUGCCCCCGGCACGGACGGCCGCUUGAGCUCUUCUGCCUCACCGAGGGCCGCAGCGUGUGCAGCGCCUGCACGGUGCGCGAGUGUCGCCUCCACGAGCGGGCGCUGCUGGACACUGAGCGCCGGAAGCGCGAGGACCGGCUGAGAGCCAUGCUGGAGGUCACCCGGCAGCAGGCCACCCAGGCUGAGAGCCAGCUACAGGAGCUGCAGCAGCGAAGCAGCCAGAUCCAGAGCUCAGCCUGCACUCUGGCCUCCGUGGUCUCUGGCAAGUUCAGCUGCCUGCUGCAGGCCCUGGAGAUGCGUCGGAACUUGGCACUGAGGGACAUCGAGGUGGCCAAGACACAGGCGCUGGCGCAGGCCCGGGACGAGGAGCAGCGACUACGGGGCCACCUGGAGGCCAUGGCUCGAUCUGACUGCAGGAUCCGGGACCUGCUGGAGCAGCUGGAUGACCAAACCUUCCUGCAGGAAUCACAGCUCCUCGUGCCCCCGGGUCCUCUCGAGCCACUGACUCCUCCACAGUGGGAUGAAGACCAGCAACUGGGUGACCUGAAGGAGUCCCUGAGCCAGCUUUGUGGCCUCCUGCUGGACAAGGGGAGCCCCCCUGGGGCACCAGCUGAGGCUGCUGACUUGGGUCCCAUGGAGGUCCCAGGUCCCCUGGCACCGGUCCCAAGCCCCCCAGUUUGUCCACUGAGGAGGAAGCUCUGGCAAAAUUAUCGCAAUCUGACCUUUGAUCCAGACAGCGCCAACCGACACCUCUACCUGUCUCAACAGGACCAGCAGGUAAAGCACCGUCGAAAGCCCCGGGGCCUGGCCGGGCCAGACAGCUUCGAGCUCUGGCAGGUGCAGUGUGCCCAGAGUUUCCAGUCUGGGCGCCACUACUGGGAGGUGCGCACAUCUAACCACUCGGUGACAGUGGGCGUCGCCUACCCGGAACUGACGCGGCACAAGCUGGGGCCUUACACAGAUAAUAUUGGCCGUGGGCCCAGCUCCUGGGGACUCUGCGUUCAGGAGGAUAGCGCCCAGGCCUGGCACAAUGGGGAGGCCCAGCGCCUCCCAGGGGUGUCGGGGAAUCUCCUGGGCAUGGACUUGGACCUGGUCUCUGGCUGCCUCACCUUCUAUAGCCUGGAGCCUGAGACCCAGCCCCUGCAUACCUUUCAUGCCAUCUUCACCCAGCCCCUUUACCCUGUCUUCUGGCUCCUGGAAGGCAGGACUCUGAACCUGUGCCAUCGGCCCGAGGCCAAGCUCCCUCCAGGGCUCCAGGACGAGGCCUCGGAGCUCAGCUGAGGAAGGCCGAGGAUAGAACUCUGGGCUGGAAACAGGUGCCCCCAAGAGCUGGCCCGGGGACCUGAGGCCACAGCUACAAUGGGACCAGCUCUUGGCCAGAAGACAGACUCAGGACCAGGCUGGGCCACUUGCAGGGGUGGAGGGGUAACCCCCAAACGGGGGUUUACUUUUCCAGCAUUUUUGAAGGGGACAGGGACUAGGAAUGGAAUAAAAUGGGAGGACCCUGCCCUAAGCAGGGCCCCUUUCUAGGUGCUGCUUGGGUCUCAGAGGCUAGUGCAGGGUCCACAGGCUCCUGCUCCUACAGCAGAGCGCUUGCAGUGCUGCACACACCACAGAGUGCAGCAAAAUGGUGUACUUACCAGCUCCAGUGUCCGUCCCACCGAGGCAAUGUCAACCAAAGGAGCGUCAGAUUGUGGGGCGGCAAACCGCAAACAAUUCCUAUAGAAAAUCUAGAGAAAAGUGAUUUUUACCUCCUUUUCUUUCUUAACAUUUUGGUAUAUUUUAGUCUCUGAUUUUGCACCUCUUUGUGACUGAAUUCCAUAGACUAUUGUGUUUUCUGCAUUUUUCUUUAAUGUAAGCAUUUUUCACAUUAUUAAAAAUUUCCCCUGAAUGAUUACCAUUUAAUUCCUCAUUCUGGUGACUAUCAGGAUUUAUUUACCUGAAUUAGUGGACACUUUAAUUAUUUUAUUUAGGGCUAUAAAAAUAUUGCCGUUGACUCCGGGUGGUGAACACACAAUGGGAUUUAUAGAUGAUGUAAUACAGAAUUGUACACCUGAAAUCUAUGUAAUUUUACUAACAAUU